AUGAUGGGAAACUUAUAUUUGACAACAGCAAUGAAGAAGAUGGCAAAUAUUUCUAGGAGAUAACAAUUAUUUAAUGGAAAUCAAACCUUAAGAAAGAACUGUUAUAAAAAACAUUCAAACUCAGGAAAGGGGUUGAUUUUAGAUAAUUAGAAAGUAAUAAGAGAUGUAUUGAAAUCAAUAUCUAAUUGAAUAGGUGGAAUAAUUGUUGAGAGUAAUGUAAAAAUAAUUUCUCAUUUUUAAUAUAGUUUAAAUUCUAGAGGAUAAAUGAGAUGUUAUGAUGUUUUAAAUAAUUGUUUUGCAAAGCUUAUUGGUCAUAAAUUUGGUUAGCAGGAGAUUUCUUAGGGUUUGAUAUAAUAAUAAUGA